AUGGCGGGGCUUUCACAAGAAGAUCGCAACAUUAUCAAGAACCAUCCUCUAACCAACUUAGUUGACCGUUUACAAGACACGCUUCAGGAAGUUGAAAGAAUAUAUGAGUCGCGUCUAAUUUCCUACAAUGGCGCCGUUGAUAGCCUUGACCAACUGUUUCAAAAUGUGAUUUCAAAACUUGUCUAUACAUUACAGGGAGAGGGUGCAGCCUACAGCCUUCCGUCGCGGAUAAAUGAUGGAAAUAUGGCGUCUGAUCUAGCACAAUUAUUCGAGCGCCUUCAAAAGGCAAAAGGAAGCUUCAGGUACGACGACUAUCAUCCACUGGUGCACCUGAUUAUUCAAAGACCUUCCACUGAAUCCCAGAAUGCCGAACCCUGGAACUUCGAUGUCUGGAAAGCUGUAUUUACCCUCAUUGACACCCUCCCUCAACGAACAACUCCUCCGGCGAGCGUCCCCCCAUCCUUUGACGGCACCCCAGUCAAAUCCACCUCAUCAUCACAGAAAGGUUCCGAGCAGACACUUGAGUUGGUGAAUCCAAGAAUCUUUGAGGAGAUACAUGGCUGCACAUUUCGAAAUGUUGAGGGCUUCUUUGAGAAAUAUUUUGAGGAGAAGAACUGGAGCUGCAAAGCAGAUGCCAUCUGUCGACGCGUGCUGGCUCCAAUCAGCGAUGGUAAUUGGGCCCAGUUUCCCGAUCCUCCUACACAGAACAAUGUCCUCACCUGGUGGUUUCGUCUUCAAGAAGACCUUCUCUCGGAAUCACGCAGCAUCUACUACACCACAGCGAGCAAAGCGGAUCUUACUGGUUCAAAGGCAGAACGGCAAGUCGACCUUCUUUUGCGAGCUAGAGGUGGUACCCCCUCGCGAAACAAACACGACUGGAGAGACAUUCUGGUAGUUGGCGAGCUCAAAAAAUCCAUGGAGGAGAUCAAGACCAAGGACACUCUGCUUCAGAUGAGCUGCUACGUGCGCGAGGUCUUUACCGCCCAGCCCACCCGGCGGUUCAUCCACGCGUUCGCCGUCUGCGGGACCAAGAUGGAGGCAUGGGUGUUUGACCGUUCGGGUCCCUAUAGCUCCGGCGUCAUCGAUGUCUACGAGGACUCAAGACGGUUCUUUCAGGUGCUUGUUGGCUACACCAUGAUGAGUGAUGAGGAACUAGGACUGGAUAGUUUUAUUGCUAGGGAUGAAGACGGCAACAAAUCAAUAACCAUCAAAGGGCCUGGAACCUUAGAUGGAAAAGUGCUGCGGCUGGGUGAAAUACUUUCCUUUCAACAUGCCAUUGUGUGUCGCGGGACCACGUGUUUUCUCACAAAUGAUGGACAAGGUGUAGCUAAAUUCUCGUGGGUGUCGGACAAGCGGCGGCCGGAGGUGGAACUCCUCGAGCUAGCAUGUCAAAAGAAUGUCCAAGGAGUCGCAAGGAUCAUCGGUCACUGUACCAUCACCAGCAUCGCUGACAUGCGCUGCGGCCUGACGUUCGACAAGCGCCACCACUUCAAAAGUGCACCCCCCAGUGCAGCCUCCUCGUUUCAUCAAUCUCAGCCGCUCAUCGAGCCGCGCCGCUUAGAUAUCCGUCGAAAGUCAUCUUCCAGGAAACGCAGAUCCCUGGAUAAGGGGAUGCAGGCAUUCAAACGAUCGCGUUCCACCAAUCAGCCAUCAAGAGACACCCAGGAGGAAAAUGAACUAGCUUUCUCCAUUCAGUCAGCGCACAAACCGAGUCUCUUCGACAAGAAUGGUGAGGAACCGUACGACAACCGUGUCCUCCGGUGUCUCGUGAUCUCGCCCGCUGGCCGGCCGAUCUAUGACUACAGGUCACCGUUGGAGCUUCUCACAGCGCUGCGCGAUGCAAUAAAGGCGCACCGGUCUCUUUACCUGGAUGGGAACAUCCUUCAUCGGGAUAUUUCGGAGAACAAUAUAAUAAUAACCGAUCCAGGCAAGGCGGACGGUCACUCGGGCAUGCUAAUCGAUUUGGAUCUUGCCAAAGAGGUUGGGAGUGGGAGAAGUGGCGCGCGGCACCAGACUGGCACGAUGGAAUUCAUGGCGAUUGAGGUGCUACUUAAUAUCGAUCAUACCUAUCGGCAUGAUCUCGAGUCGUUCUUCUAUGUGCUUAUCUGGCAAUGUGCCCGUCAUGGUUGGGAAAAAUUAAAUGAGCUACAGGGACACGGACAGGACCCGCCCAAAGACAGCAUGCUGAGAGAAUGGUAUACUGGAACUUAUAAGAAAAUUGCAACUUAUAAAAGAGGUAACAUGGAAGCUGGCGGAUUUGAGUAUCUUUUGCAGGAGUUUCCGCCGGAUUUCGAGUGCUCCCUGCAAGCUGGCAACGGUGCUCCGCUGAACUGUGGAAGGCGACGAGUGAGCGGUGAAGCAUCUCUUAUAUUCAAAAUUAUUGAGGUGCAAAGUUUGGACUUAAUUAGUAUCAAGGUAGUGAUCCCUUGUGUGAAGAUGGCACGGACUCAAGCUGGACCGAGGGUUGAUGUGAAAGUGGCCAUCCGAAUCAUUAAGUUCCCAUUGUGUUCUCCUGGAGGAUCAGAAUGGUUGGCUCAGAACUCUCGAGCUGAAUGA